AUGAGUCAACCAAACGGUGACGCCGGUGGUGGAGAAGGGAUCAAAAGAAGAUCUUGUGGUUGUUCGAAGCAAAAUUUUCUACCCGAGGAGUCGUUUAAGAGUUGGGGAAAUUACACUAAAGCGUUGAAGGCGACGCCGACCCGGCUCUUGGAUCGGCUCACGGCCAGGUCCGGGGAGCACAUUGAGCUCAUCGAGAUGAAGGCUCGCAGCCAACACGAGAUGAAGAAGAGCCUCACAUGGUGGGACCUUAUGUGGUUCGGUAUCGGCGCUGUCAUCGGCGCCGGAAUAUUCGUCCUCACCGGUCUUGAGACUAAGAAACACGCCGGCCCAGCUGUCGUCUUGUCUUAUGUCAUCUCCGGUGUCUCCGCCAUGCUUUCCGUUUUCUGUUACACUGAAUUUGCCGUGGAGAUCCCAACAGCUGGUGGAUCAUUCGCCUACCUAAGAGUAGAACUAGGAGACUUCGUGGCAUUCAUAGCAGCGGGCAACAUCCUCCUCGAAUAUAUAAUUGGCAACGCUGCUGUGGCCCGUUCAUGGACUUCAUACUUUGCCACUUUGUGCAAUCACCAUCCGAACGAUUUUCGCAUCCACGUUUCGUCUUUCCCCGACUCCUACAACCAGCUCGACCCCAUCGCCAUCAUUGUGAUCAUCUUCAUUUGCACCUUGGCUGUAGCCAGCACCAAAGGCUCCUCCCGCUUCAACUACAUUGCUUCCAUUUUCCACGUUGCCAUCAUCCUCUUCAUUGUCAUUGCCGGCCUCACCAAGGCCAACCCGAAAAACUUCACUCCCUUUGCCCCCUAUGGCCCUCGUGGCAUAUUCGUAACCUCUGCCGUUUUGUUCUUUGCAUUCGUUGGAUUCGAUGCCGUUUCGACAAUGGCUGAGGAAACUAAGAACCCUGCUAAAGAUAUACCUAUUGGUCUUGUUGGAUCAAUGGUGAUCACCACAUUAGCCUAUUGCAUUCUUGCAGUUACCUUGUGCUUGAUGCAACCAUACCAACAAAUUGACGAGGAUGCGCCGUUUUCAGUGGCUUUUGAGGCUGUUGGAUGGGGUUGGGCUAAGUACAUUGUGGCUGCUGGUGCUAUUAAAGGCAUUACCACCGUGUUGUUGGUUAAUGCUGUUGGACAGGCACGCUAUCUCACCCACAUUGCUAGAACCCACAUGAUCUCACCAUGGUUCGCCAAAGUGCAUGAAAGGACUGGCACUCCAGUGAAUGCAACAGCCACAAUGCUCGCUGCAACAGCAAUAAUCGCCUUCUUUACAAGCUUGGGAAUCCUCUCGAACCUCCUCUCUAUCUCCACCCUCUUCAUCUUCAUGCUGGUAGCCAUCGGCCUGAUCGUCCGACGCUACUACGUAGGCGGUGAAACGACACCAUCCGACCGAAACAAGCUCAUAAUUUGUCUGGUUCUAAUCGUGGGAUCUUCAAUAGCAACUGCCGUGUACUGGGGCUCAAGCGACGGCUGGAUCGGCUUGGUGCUGUCCAAUUCCGUAUGGUUUCUCUCAACUCUGGCCCUAUGGCUCGGUGUCCCACAGGCCAAAAAGCCUCGCGUGUGGGGCGUGCCGCUCGUCCCAUGGCUGCCUUCACUGUCGAUCGCUAUCAACCUUUUCCUUCUUGGCUCCAUCGACAAAGCCUCAUUUGAAAGGUUUGGAAUCUGGACUGGGAUUCUGUUGAUUUACUAUAUCUUGAUUGGAUUACAUGCUUCUUAUGACUCGGUCAUGGAGUCCAAGACUACAGCAAGAGAAGUUAAUAGCAGUUUGUGAAUGGAUCUUUCGAAUUUAU